AAGAAAACUGUCUUCUUCUCUGUGGACUGUUUAAAUAGCCGAUGUUUGAGGAGUUAUUUUGGCCUCAAAAGUCUGCUCGACAACACGCUAGGAAAGCUUAGGCGCAGCUUUUCAGGCUUAAACUAUCAAGAGUUACCAAGAUUUCUACGAUUUGGAGGUAAGAGUAGAUAUCUUUGACUCAAAGGCAAGUUAAUGUGUAUAAAUACAUCAGAUUAGAGGGAAGCAGAAACGUCAUAUUUAAGUUGCAACGAAUGUGAAGCCACUGAGCUCACACAAGGAAGUGAACUCUAUUUUUCGUAUUUUACGCUUCCAAUAUGAGCAUACCAUGGCUAAACUAGAAACAAUCGUGCAAAUCUAUUAAGGAUGAACUUGCUUACUAGUUUGCAAUACUGAAUGGUUAGUUUGUUGCGAUGAACGUUUCUAGUUCCUGACCAUAGAACUGCCACGGUCUUGUCGUAUUGAGUCUAUGGUUAAAGGCCAAACUCUAUACUAGAAACUAGUAGAUCAUAGACAACCGGCCUCAAAUGAUUUGACAUAGAGGAUUUACGCUACGAUCAAUUUUCUAAGCUUCUUGGUGAGUUACUAUUUCAUUUUUAAAAAAUUUGAAAAAACUUAUUAAAAUCUGGGAUUUAGGAAUGAGUAAGCAAUAUUAUUAUCAAGGCCGAACAGGCAUUCUUAAACAAAGUUUAUGUGGUGUGCGCUGGUAACAUAUUUCGUAUAGCUCUUUCGCGACGUUGCCAACAUGCAUGAGUAAAUUGCUGCGCGACAACUAGAGACUAUUACAUGUUUUGUCCGGAAAAAAUUAGUCCAUUAACGAGAUACUUUUCUGAUACUGGUCUUUCCUAAAUCAACCCUAGAUUAAAAAAAUUAGUAUUCCCCUUCAGAAAGACAUCCUUUUCAGUUUUGGCUAACGUGGCCUGCUGUUGUCAUAUUUUAGUAAAAUUCAACUCGUGCUCUGUUAUCAAUGCUGCGUUCUGAUUGGUUGAGCUAUAUGUGAGCUAUAUGUUAUAGCCCACUAGUAGCGAAAAGCGCGGGCUUUUUGGCAGCAAAAAAGGAUUUAAAUCUUGCUUUAACUAGCUCAAUUUUUUUUAUUCUCGAUAUUUUUGACCAACUAAUUGGAGUUUACUAAAACAAUUAUUCCUCUCGCCCGCAUGGCUUCUGAGUCAAUAACCCUUUGACUAAGAGCCCAUUCAGGCUCGAGGAAUAAUUGUUAAAUAUUAUGACUAUGAGCAUAGUAAUUUUUGCAUAACCCCCUCUUUAACUUGAACGUAAUUGAAGGUUUCUAUUUGAGAAUUUGCGGCCACACGUUUCUUUAUUACACCGUUUCAGUUCUUUAAAUUAUUAAAACAUCAAAAAUUAAGUACCUUGUUAACACACCUAACAGGCCAGUUUCAAGUUAUUAAAAUGCAAUUGUUAAAAUUUUAAUAUUUUUCUAAUUAUUAAAAUCACAUAAAGAUUCAGGGAUGAAUAAUUAAUUUCUUUUGCGUUUUUUUUUGCUCAUCAGCCCUGGAGCCCAGUAUGAAUAUUGAUAAAUCGAAACUAGCUAGUUAGCUGCCACACGUACUCUUAUUACAUAUAUAAAGACCUAUUAUUAUUCAUUCAAAAUAUUUCCCCGAUUCUGAUUGGCUAAAAGCACACGUUUAAUUCACCAUAACCAGUUACUGAUGACCAAAUAUGGAAGAAUUUUGUGUUUAACGAGGAAAUGACGUCAAAAAUGCAGCGUUCGUGCAGGUUAAGGCACCGUUAACCGAGAAGACCUGAGGACGAGGUUUUUUUUUUUUUGGUUGUGGAAACAAAAAUGGCGGUCAUUUCACUCGUUUCAAGCGUAAGAACUAGGCGAAAAAAUAGCUAAAAACAAUGCAAGAACAGCAAGAAGACAACUCGAAGGGCGACAUCUGUUAUUUGGAGAAUAUUUGCGGAGCUGGACAAACCUAAACGUGCACUAUCGAAGAUGAACUUAAUCGAGAUCGUACUGUAUGAUGAAAGAAUGAAAGAUGGUGGAUUUAAAGCUCGGUGAAACAAAAGUGAAGAUGAAAUCAUGAGCGUGUCACGAGCGUGGGGCAAAGAAAAAAUCUGAGUCUUUCCCGACAGGAUUCGAACCUAUGACCUCCUAAAUACCUGGCGGGCGCUCUAUCCUCUUGAGCUACGGAGAACUCAAGGAGAGCGAGGCCCAUUAUACUAGGUUCAUAUUUGACACGCGUCCUGCAUACUGCAUAACUUCUGUAAUUUAGUUACAGCACAAAUAUUGGAACCAUAUCUUGAAAAAAUUCUAAUUUGUCUUUUGUAUUAUUGAACUGUUCUCUACUCAGGUAUGGAUGAAAUGCAAUGGACUCGUGGUUUGUUCCCAUUCUUAAGUAAGUCAUGAGCAAUCGAAGGUAUAAUGCUGAAAGUUCAGGGACACCCAACGACGGUUUCCUCCUAAAAACAUUUAAGAGGCCCUGCGCCUAAGAAACGACCGAUGAUUUCCGGCUAAAAAAUAAAAUCGGCCGAUUUUUAUCUCCCAAGUAGAGGUUACCGAAUGCUAUUCAAAAAUGAAUUUCUUUUGUUUCAGUUUCGCUUUAAACCAAAAAUAUCGAGCCGCAAACUUUUUCCGUCUGAUAGCAGCAAAAUCAGGCCUAAAAUAAGCCCUCGCAAAAAACGGUUCAGAAAUCACUAUCGCAAAGCAAAAUAAUGAGAAAACUACACAGUGAUGAAGAAAAAGGCCUUUUAAUGUAAUAUCAUUCGAUGAACAUCGAAAAACAGCCGAAGUGAAUAAAAAAUAAAUUUUUAAAUAUUGCAUACUAAAUUAGAUAGAGCGCUGGAGCUGAUUUCAAAAUAAUUGUUUCUCAAAAGUCCAACGCUGUUCAAAGCAAUCACAGUGAUGAAUCAGACAUUGGAGGGAUAUACAUUACGAUUCUGGAAAAACAUUUUUCGGCCAAAGUAUAUUGACGUUGUACAAAGCGUUCAAAGUUACCGUGUUUACCGUUAUCUUGCUACUUCGGCGAAACACUUCUCUGUUGCCAAUACGGCCGUGGAUAGCGUGGUAAACGCCACUUUAAUCCUUGCUAGGCGCUCAGAGACCAUCCUAAGUAGAAGUAUAUAGAAUUAAAAGAGAAAGGAAAAUGAAAGAUACGCAGAAAAAGAAAAUAACUCGAAAUUACCAUUUGCUAAGGAGAGUUGAACCUUGGAAAUAGGGAGUUUAAGCAAAUCUCUACGGCGACCUCUACUACGGCGGUCGUGGAUGCGGUGUCCUGGGGAGAGUACGUCUCGUAGCUCGCCAAAUUUCAAGCUCGGUUCUUGCUCACUUGCUUUCGCUAUAAUUUAUCAACAACAGAAUUCAAUGGUGGUCAAGUAAGAAAACGGCCAAUUUAAAAAUUUCGUUUGCCAAGAAGAAUAUUGAUAGUAAACAUCAUCAGAGGGCGAUUCGUACACAAAACAGAAAACUACAGAUGAAGAUCGGAGUAAGCUGCUAGUGAUGUUUCUUCUUGUGUACCGCAUUUAACAACAAAUCAACAAAUUCAGCGUUUUAGAUUCUAUUCUAUUCUUGUUUAAACAACCUUCAGUGACAUUUAGCUUUAUUGCUAACAGUCGUGCUUACGGUUUUCGUCUAGCCUUUGUUUGUACUAGCGGAUUUUCUGCGGCCCUGGCGCGGCAGAACUCAUGGCACACUCGCUUGAGGAUCGAAAUCUCAAACUGAGAAAACGCAAGGAAAACGUAAACACUGGAAAACCAGAAGCCUCGAAUACUUUCUUCAUAAAGUGAAAAACAAUCUAUGAUAGCUUUUAAAACCAGUGAUCGUAAAAAAUAGGAGAAGAGUCGACUUUUAUACUCACGUAGUAGCGACUACGCCAGAAGACAGCUUUUCACGUCGUAGGAUUUGGCGCUACGGAGAAAGGUCAUUUCCAAGCAUGCGCACUGCGUCAUUUUGGGGCUUUUUUACUUCCGGCCGCCGUAGUAGAGGUCGCCGUAGCGAUUUGCUUAAACUCCCUAAUGUUGUCGCGUGACAGCGUUCAUCUGCCCAAACUGGAGCGGAAUCCUAACAAAUGCGUGAAAUAUAAGUAAAACAACAAUCUUUCUAUCACCAGAAAUCGUGAAGUGAAAUAGUUUUAUGUUGUUCCUAUUAAUGAUGAUGAAUUCAGCCUGACUCCAAGUGCUUUGAAUGUGGGCUGCAUGUAUUUCGUUACAUACAUUCCAACGGACGUUACGGGUCAGCGCGUGUAGGGGUCAGCGGACCUAAAUUGGAGAGCAACGCCAUGCUAGAGAGGGGGGGGGCAUUGGAGGGGGUACCCAAUACCGCAAUACCGUAAGAAAAAUUGGCAAAUACCGAAAUACCGUGUCAAAAAUAGACGAAAUACUGAUACCGCAUUUAUUUUCGGUCACGUUUACUUAAAGUUGUAUCCAUCUCGCGUGUUUGUUUAUCUCAAGCAUUUAUGCACCAGCAAUCAACCUCAGCCAUUGCGAGGAAAGGUGAAACGACCUCGAAUUGAUCGGUACAACGAUCGAAAAGGAUGCCCGACCAAUUUCAUCAUAGAUUAUCUGUCAGAAAUUGUGUAAUGGUAAUCAUUUACCAUUAAUCUAAAGUCUUAAAAAUACUGACGUGCAUUAGACAGGAGAGCGCAAUGAACAAUACCGCAAUACUGUGAAGGAUCUUCUUUUACCGAAUACCGUUAACCAAAAUGAAAAACCGCAUUAGGCAUACCGCAGGGGUAAAUGAUACCGCAAUACCGCACUUUAAAAUCCAAUUUACCGAAAUACCCCUUGAAAAAAAGCUCAAUACCGCAAUACCGUAAGCCCCCAUUUCCCCCUCCAUGCUGUUGAAGAGGUGAUAGAAAAUUUGGGCUUAAAACAUCCACAUUAUAUUUGAUGUUUACAAUCUUUGUCAAUAUCGUCAUAGCAACAAGCUUUCAUCUUUCAAUGUUAGUAUGUUGAAAGGCAUUUGCGGGUAUUUCGAAAUACCUUACAAAUCUAGAGAUCUAAAAAGAGACCUUUUAGGCAAGGUUUCAGAACUUGUAAAGGAAUGUGACUGAGUGCAGCAAAAAUAAUUUCAUUCUGUAACUUUCCUGCUCAAGAGUUUGAGUGCAUGGUAUUCUGUCCAAUGUUAUAUGACAAGUUGUGCGUAGUGCAUUGGUUAUUAUCUAAAUAUCGUAAAUAUUAUUGUGGAAACAAUUUAUUAAGCAUUUUAUAAAAUGAACUUGUAAAAAAGUGAGCCAUUUUCAUCGAAUUAAAAACCCUACCGGUCUCCUGUCUUUUUUUAUGACGUCCUCCCCGAUCAUUGGGUGACCCUAUUCGGGGGAAUGGCGGAAUACAUGGAAUAUUGUAAAAUACGGAAUACUCUAAAACACGGAAUAUACAGAAAAUUCUGUAUUUGAUUUGAACUGGGCUAACAAAAAAAGCAGAGGCAAAGAAUACUCGGUUGUUUUGAAAUAUAAAAGAAACAAUUUUCGUACUGCCGUAAGCCACACUAUAGACCUUAUGACGGUUUUGAAAGCAAUCUUGACGGGUGAAGGGUCUUGUAUCACGGGAAUCUAAUGUCGGAUAAUUUUUAUAAAACUGCUGUUCUAAAAAAAAGAAGAUUUGUAAACUUAAGCUUGACAGGAUUGUACUAACAAUUAAUGGGGUCGCACCUGUGCCAAAAUUUGUACGGUCGCUUGCUUUAGAUUUUCCAGACAUUUGUCCGCAAUUUUUCCAGGGAAAUUUUGGUCGGCAAGAACGAGAAAAAAUUACACACAUUAUACUACUACAUGAGAAAUUUUUGCAAUUUGAUUGGUUUAGAGCAGUGGUAUUUCAGCUUAAUUUGAAAUACCUACAUGUGAAAAUUACAGACCUUUUGCAGGUAGCAGUAUAAACAAAUAAUAGCAUGACUUGUACGUGAUAUUUGGCAUAAAUGCCACUCGUGAUAUUUCAAAAUUGUCUCAAAUUUCACUCGCCUAACAGCUCGUGAAAUUACGUAUAACAAUUUUGAAAUAUCACUCGUGGUAUUUGUGCCAAAUAUAUUAUAUAUACACACAUAUAUUACCUAUACACACUGUAUAUUUUCACGCGGUUGCUUAACCGUCAAGAUGGCCUCCAAAACAGUGAUUCGUUUUAGCGCCCUCCUUCCAAUAAGCGAUCCCCCUUUCGAAUAAGCGCGCCCUUCAAAUGUGUUUUGUUAAUAAGCGCUCCCAUUCAAAUAUUAGGGACCUUAAGAUCCGAGGAUGGUGAAGGCAGUGAAAACGUCGCUGAAAAAAUGAAUUCGCGUUCUUUCAAUCUUCAUCGCGAUUACUCUAAGUCACUAACUUUGUCAAAUGUAGGCAACCCCUCCUAAAGUUGAAUUCCUAAGAACCAUAUCCAAGUUCAAAAAGAGAGAGGAAAUCUCGUCGUCGCUUGUGUACUUCCUCUGUACAUCGUGAAAUUAAGCAUUUUCCCGUCGUAGUCGUGCAGUGACGGCAAAGAAACGUACAAAAAAGCGUGAUGCACGUGCAAAAUUGUUGUUUUGCUAAUUAAACUUUUUGCUUUUGUGGCGUUCCCGUAGCCGUCGCCGUCGUCGGAUCUUAAGGUCCCUAUUAUAUAAGAGUACGGGUGCGUACUCAUGUCUUCAUUUAAUAGCUCACAAAUGAGCGGCAUUUCCACAUUACAAAAACAGUGGUCUUUAUGUCCAUGUGAGUGCAUAAAGUCUUCAAAGGAAUGAUCUCUUCUUCCAAUUUUGUGGCGAUUGCUCGGCUGGUUGUUCUGGUGAGGAAGGAUCGAGGGACAACACGUCCGUUUUCCAGUCUCCUUGAUCCAUUUCCUUAAUUGACUUGCACUUUGUUCUCACUGCGAGCUUUUUAAAGAAAAGUUACAUAUAAGGAAGGAAAGUUCCAUCGGCAAAUGUCCAACAAGUUUCAAGGUAAGUUCCUCACGUUAACUGAGCAUUCACCGCCGGCAGUAUUCGUUACUGUUACAGUUUCAAAGAUUGUUCGUUUUUAAAUAAAUAUUUCGAGUUAUUGAGGGUAAAAUCAUAUAGAAAUGAUCUGAAGAGAAACAAAAAUUAGUAUUAAAUCGAGUUAGCGCGAGGUUCGAGUCGGUAGCGAGGGUUGGAGUUAUUGGAGUCGACUGUUUACAUGUAUAUCCUUUUUAAACUAUUUGUCUCUUAUUCUGCGUUUUAUAGUAUUCCAUAUAUUCCAUAUUUUAGAAUAUUCCGUGUAUUCCGCCAUUCCGUUCCGUCAUUCCGUCAGUCCGCCAUUCCACUGAAUAGCGUCACCCCCUAUAUUUUGAUGUCCAAGAAAAUACUAAACGCGGGGCUAAUCAGUGUGCUAAAGCUUGCUAAGAAUUGAAUCUGUUAGCUACAUUUUAUAGUGCCAGAUACUAGUGCUUUGAGAAAGAAAAAACGUAAUUCUUGAGGGUAAUAAACUCAGUUUUCGCGACCAAGAUGUUUCUCGUUCUGGGGAGCGACAGUACUCUAACAUCUCUUUUUUUUCCUUGAGGGAAGACACUGGACAUUGACAUGAAUGAUUCUCGCUCAACAAAAAAAAACAUCGAGUCAUGCAGAUAUCUUUCAAUAGACCGCUGGCCAGAAGCGUCGACUCGUGAUCCCACAACGCUCAGAUCACGCUGAGGCCAAAACUGUGCGGCGGUUCGGGAAUUUUUUAUUUUUAAGUCAUCAUCGCUUGUGAAAAAAUAACAUCGAUCACAUUGUUUCACUAAACGCUUUCUGGCCGGGAAACAGUUGUUUUCCUAUUUGUGCAUUCGUUUAGAUUCCGCCGCGGUUUAGACAAAUGAUGUCAAUGGCGGCUGUCACGCGACGACAUUUUCCAGAUUCAAGUUUCGUCAGCAGAUGGUAAUUUUGAGUUAUUUUCUUUUUCUGCCCAUUUUUCAUCUUCCUUUCUCUUUUAAUUCUACGUCCUUCUGCUUAGGAUGGUCUCUGAGUGCCUAGCAAGGAUUAAAGUGGCGUUUACCACGCUAUCACGGCCGUAUUGGCAACUGAGAAGUGUUUCGCCGAAGUAGAAAGAUAACGGUAAACACGGUAACUUUGAACGCUUUGUACAACGUCAAUAUACUUUGGCCGAAAAAUGUUUUUCCAGAAUCGUAAUGUAUAUCCCUCCAAUGUCUGAUUCAUCACUGUGAUUGCUUUGAACAGCGUUGGACUUUUGAGAAAUAACUAUUUUAAAAUCAGCUCCAGCGCUCUAUCUAAUUUAGUAUGCAAUAUUUGAAAAUUUAUUUUUUAUUCACUUCGGCUGUUUUUCGAUGUUCAUCGAAUGAUAUUGCAUUAAACGGCCUUUUUCUUCAUCACUGUGUAGUUUUCUCAUUAUUUUGCUUUGCGAUAGUGAUUUCUGAACCGUUUUUUGCGAGGGCUUAUUUUAGGCCUGAUUUUGCUGCUAUCAGACGGAAAAAGUUUGCGGCUCGAUAUUUUUGGUUUAAAGCGAAACUGAAACAAAGAAAGUCAUUUUUUAAUAGUAUUCGAUAACCUCUACUUGGGAGAUAAAAAUCGGCCGAUUUUAUUUUUUAGCCGGAAAUCAUCGGUCGUUUCCUAGGCGCAGGGCCUCUUUAGAGCGGAUGUCUGUAAAUAUCGACCAGAGAUGGGAAAAAUAAAAUUUUUGGAAAAUCCCCAAAAAAUCAUGUAGACUACCCUAGGUAUUCUAGUUAUGAAAAUAUAAAUUUUAGUUUCAUCAGAUAAAUAUUUUGGCGAUAUGGCGAAUGCCAAUUUCGGGCGAUUGACGGCCUCCGCCAGACCGCUUUUUCGGGCCUUAAACCGGGCUAAGAAAAGACCACGAUUUCAAUCGAAUUCAAAUAUUAUUCAACCCAAAAAGUUUCUUAUCAUAUUAAACGCGUUUUAAUACACAUUUUGAGUGGUUAUGUUCUCGAAUUGAUUGCAACUGGAUUAUUUUAAGAAUUUUUAAAUAAAUACAAAAUUUUAAGGAUUUUACGCGAGCAAAAUACUGUCAAAUUUCAAAGGCCUAAAAUCACAUCCGAUACAUGAUUUCAAACAGAAAAAGACACUCCACGUUAAAAAGCAAUCUCUAAGCUUUCAAAAUAUUAUUUCAAACCUCUGGGCAACAUAUGAAAUGAAUUUUUGGGAACGCAAAGUUCACGGCGCUUUUAAGUGUAAUUUGACCUUUCUGACUUGACAGAUAAGAGUUUCGGCGCCACACAAAUCAAUCCUCCAACAAAUGUUUCAGCCAAAAUACAAUCAAUUUAAGCAAUCUCAAGUCCCACAGUGAUACAUAGACGCUUCAUAUAUGUUAGGAGGAACGUUUCAUACCAUUUUGCCACCUGUGAAUGAGGUGCAUUCUUUGAACUAGUUUCGCCAAUGUAAACAUUUGGGUCAAGUUCUGAUCACGAAACAGCGAAGUUCUCAAAAUCUACACCAAAUAUCUAUCUUUUCUAGUAUAUAAUCAGGUCUACAAUUUAUUUUUUGUACCUUGUGUCCUUGUUUGACUCCAUUUCUGCGAUGAAACCGAGACAAACCACUGCGAAAUUCCCCCUCGCUCGACAUGACACGUGUCACGUGAAAGAGCCGUUUUAGACUCGAUUGCGUUACAAAAACAUGACACACAGCGAUUAUUUCUGAUUUGUGCGAAAAAAAAAAUUCCAUCUGUAACCUACAUGUUAUAGGUAUGCCAUUGAAUGAGCAGAUAAUCUCAAUUUUUUUUCUUACGAUGCAGUUUUACCGAUCGCAAGCUUGUGAUUCCGAGCGUGUCUAUUAACCGCGAAAUGCAAAUAACGUCUUGUUUGUUUUGGUUCAACACUUUUUCCCCGUCCUGAUAGAUCUGUCAGCUUAUGUAUCGGUCAAAUCGAAGCUUCAACAUGCCCCCCCUCGGGCAACCCCCGGGGCAUUUGACUUUUUUGAAAAUUAUUGUUCAAAUUCCCUCCUACCCGGGCCAAAAUGCCGUUCAAAUGCCCCACACUAGGGUCCAUUCAGGUGAUCAAAUGCCCCCACCCCGGGGACAUUUCACAGGCACAAAAAUGACAGAGGGACGGCGGAAACGCCUUCAGUUGUCGAACAAAAUCUUUAUGAAUAUAACAAAAACUGAGAAAAACUGUUAGCGUAUUUACUAAGAACAAAAGUCUCGUGCAAAGCGGCGGAAAUUGCUGCUACAAGGUCACUGAAUGCUCAGCUUUUCUUCGUCAUGCAACAUACAAAGCGUUAUAUAAAAAAAGAUCCCACCCAUUGAGAUUACUACAUCAUGACCAUUUCACUGACAUGCAUCAUCGCUCACCUUAUUAAUUAACAGUUGUCAAAGUAGUUGACCUGGGCUUUUUAUUUUAUUUUAUUUUAUUUUAUGUUGUUGUAUUGAAUCGCCAGUAUAGGUAUUGUAUUUCAUUGUAAACACAACAAUAAAAUACUUUCACACAUUCAAAGCCUGAAUCCAAUAUUAAAAUUUUUAAAAUUUUUAAAAUUUAAAUAUUUCAAAUACGGCACAAAGCUUGUUUAAGCCCUUUCCUCGUAACCAAUUGGCCACAAAGGCACAAUCUUUUCCACGAAAAUCCUCUAACACCGCGUCCCCCAUGAUAGCUCGCCACGCCAAAGAUUUUACAUGAAAUCGAGGGUGCAGUUCAAAUUCCCCACCCCCUGGAAGACUCUGAUAAUCAAAUUCCCUCCUCCCCGGGACGGCAAAGGUGUCAAAUGCCCGGGGUAUGCCCGGGGCAUUGAAAGCUUCGAUUUGACCGAUAAAUUAGGAAAAAACCUAAUGCGUUUCGCAGUAAUUCUGCAACACGCUAUAUAAUAUGGCCCAUCAUGUACAAAAAGCUUAUAAUUACAAGUAACAAAAGCACGAGUUAGAAAAUCGUACUACCCUUGUAUCUUGCUCUUGCGACGAUAUUUACAGCGUGGGGAUUUUAGGCGAGUUUGGUACAAGUACCAAAUACACGAGCACAGAGUCAGGUGCGAAUCGGGGUGCAACACCGCCGGCAGGCUAGGUACGUUUUAAAUCUCACUUUAAGCUUAGUCAUAAGGUAAAAUGAGCACACCGUCAAUUUAUAAAGCCGGCGCUGUUUGGCUUAGCCCGGCGUAGCAUGCUAGGCCACGCGGGGGGAACAUGCGUCUUCGACAUUUCUUCUUUUGACCCCCCCUCCCCCCGCCGCCCCCCGCUCGCCCCCAAAAAUGGCGCCUCUUACGCAGUCUAUGAUUGGGGACCUGCUCUAAAACGUUAGCACAGAAUGAAUCUGCCGAGAACGGACCAGGGGCGGGGGACGAGUGUUCAAUUGUAUUACACUGGUCCUUCUGUAAUAGGUUCGAAGAUGUUCAAGAGCAGGCACCUACGCAGAGUUCCAAGCAUGAUAAGUUCGUCAAUGCGCAAACUGCAUUAUGGCCCCUUUGACAAUGCGGCGAACCAACGUGCACCUGGACUUUUGCAGCUUGACGACUGCACACGCCCUUCUCCCUAGGGAUCACUGCAUGUAGUCUUCUAGGCAGAUGCCAGUCAUAUGCCAUGCUGCAGAACUGACUGUAAAGUUGCGCUCAGCCGAUCAAUUGCUCGAUCUCUCCUAUCCUCACCUACUGUGUGCUGGGUUAUUUAUUACUUGAACCACACUGGUCACCCCAUUCACCCUCCCAACGCUUCAUUUUUGUACGCUGUAUCGCCGCACAUAAGCAAGCAGAAUUGUACUAGCUGGCAAUGAUGCUUCCUUAUUUUCAGCACUAGAGUAAACGUAGUAAAACAAGACGGUCCAAGAUUCCAUAAAUAUCGACGCCACAAGCGCUAUUGUUACCGUGCUGGGACGUCCUUACUUGUGCUUUAUACUAGCUUUAAAGGCAGCAUAUUGCAAUAGAAUUGCACAACACAUUAGGAUAUUUCAAAGCUGACAGAAACCAAGACAAAUAGAGGAAGGGGGAGAAGUGUCGAACUACUACUACCAACUACCAAAAAGAACAGCGCAAACAAAAAUAUUUGACUCUAUGCCCUGCUUAAGGCGGGGGUUGGAGGGGGAGGGGAGAGUUAAAGUCACCAAUAUGAUAAAGCUAUUUCUUUUUUGUUUUGAAAUUUUUCAUCAGGGGAUUUCUUUGGCGAUAGGAAAAUUUAGCAAAUAUAAUUUAUAUAUGGAAGUUUUGUGAUACCUUGAUUUAAGUAGGAAUUGGUGGAGUACGGCGCGUACAAUGCUGGCCUCGCAGUUCAGACUGUCAGAUGAGAAAAGAUAAAUUCGGCAGAUGGUACGAUGAAUAAACGAACCACAGACAGUUACUUUCCAUUUUUUGGCGUGCCAUAUCAUUUUAUCCUUCACACACACAAAAAAAUUAGGGCUUGGAAAUUUGGUUGGGGGGCGAGGAGGGGGGUUAAUUUUCGGUCCUAGGAUUUUUUUAGUUUCGUCGGGAAUCCAGGAAUUCUGUAAUGGAAAAACUGCAUUGGAAAACAAUGGAGAUUGCUCAUGCAAUGGCAUACCUAUAACAUGUAGUUUAGAGUUGGAAUUUUUUUUUUUUCCACGCAAAUCAGAAAUAAUCGCUGUCUGUCAUGUUUACGUAACGCAAUCCAGUCUUAACGUGACACAUGUCAUGUCGAGCGAGCGGGAAUUUUGCAGUGGUUUGUCUCAGUUUCAUUGCAGAAAUGAAGUCAAACAAGGACACAAGGAACAGAAAAUAAAUUGUAGACCUGAUUAUAUACUAGAAAGGAUAGAUAUUUGGUGUACAUUUUGAAAACUUCGCUGUUUGGUGAUCGGAACUUGACCCAAAUGUUUAUAUUGGCGAGGCGGGUUCAAAGAAUGCACCUCAAGGACAGGAGAGUUCUUCAUUCACAGCUGACAAAAUAGUAUGAAACAUUCCACCUAAUGCAUAUGAAACAUCUAUGUAUCACUGUGGGACUUGAGAUUGCUUAGAUUGAAUAUAUUUUGGCUGAAACAUUUGUUAGAGGAUUGAUUUGUGUCGCGCCGAACCUCUUAUCUGUCAAGUCAGAAAGGUCAAAUUACACUUAAAAGCGCCGUGAACUUUGCGUUCCCAAAAAUUCAUUUCAUAUGUUGCCCAGAGUUUUGAAAGCAUACUUUGAAAGCAUAGAGAUUGCUUUUUAACGAGGAAUGUCUUUUUCUGUUUGAAAUCAUGUAUCAGAUGUGAUUUUAGGCCUUUGAAAUUUGACAAUAUUUUGCUCGCGUAAAAUCCUUAAAAUUUUGUAUUUAUUUAAAAAUUCAUAAAAUAUUCCAGUUGCAAUCAAUUCGAGAACAUAACCACUCAAAAUGUGUAUUAAAACUCGUUUCAUACGAUAAGAAGCUUUUUGGGUUGAGUGAUAUUUGAAUUCGAUUGAAAUCGUGGUCUUUUCGUAGCCCGGUCUACAGGCCCCUAAAAGCGGUCUGGCGGUUGCCCUCAAUCGCCCGAAAUUGGCAUUCGCCGUAUCGCCAAAAUAUUUAUCCAAUGAAGCUAAAAUUUGUAUUUUCAUAACUAGAAUACCUAGGGUAGUCUACAUGAUUUUUUUUGGGAUUUUUCAAAAAUAUAUUUUUUCCACCUCCGGUCGAUAUUUACAGACAUCCGCUCUUAAAACACUUUUUAGGCUAUCCAGAGUACUUUAAUAACUCUAUAGAAAUGCAUUUUGAGAGACGCUAUGAAUCUACCUGGUCAUUCUAAGGCAAUCUGAGUCUUCUCGAAAUUACAAGGACUUCAGGGUUCAGUUUCCAGAAAAUCUGAGAUGCAGUUUAAAGUUUUACGAAAGUGAGAUUUUUACUGGUUCCUCUCUCCAUCACAUUUUCGAAUCCGAAAACCUUAGGUUUCCUUUUUCUACGAAAAAUAACUUAACCUGGGGAGUUGAAUGCGAAAAAUUAAUUUCUUUGUAACUUUAUUUGAUUUACCACAAAAUACAAAUAACGAAAAAACAAGACAGUUACACAAAAGCAAAUGAAAGUGGCGAGGAAGCCCAAAAAGAAACCAUGAGGCUUAUAGACAUUGGGCUCCCUCAGAGUAAAAAUAAAGUUAACAGUAACGGUAAGGCCAGGAUCGAAAGCAAAAUACAAUGAAGGUAAGUAUACAUUAACUAAUUACAUAGACUGAGUUGACAAAAUGUAAGGCAUGGUACAAGUAACAAUAAGUAUAAAAAUAAUAUCAGACAUGGAAGAAAUAUAACUAUUUACUACAAGAUUUAUAACUAAUAAUUCAUAUAUAAUUUUUUUUUCAAUUUCGUUUUGAAUAAGUGGAGAGAAUUAGAUUCUUUAAUAUCAUUUUCUAUAGUGUUAUAAUAAGUAGGUCCUUGGAAACUGAUAGAAAAUUUACGAAGGUUUGUUCUACAAGAAGGAAGGUGAAAAUCGUUCGCGUGUCUAGUGGCAUAGUUAUGGACUUGUUUGUUUAAAGAAAAAUAAUUGUUGAACUUUGAAGGCAAAAGAGAAUGGUUAAGAGAAAACAUAAGUUUACCUAAUUCUAGCUGUCUAAUAUCGGAAAGUUUUAGUAGCUCUAAUUCUUUGAAAAUAGGGUCUGAAUGAGAAUCGAAAGUUGAUUUAGAAAUAAUUCUGAUAACUCGCUUUUGCAAUGAGACAAGACGGCGAAGAUUGGUUUUGUACGUAGAUCCCCAGACAAUAAUACAGUAAUGAAGAUAAGGAUAAACUAAACAAUAAUAAAGAGUUUUUAAACACGGUUUAGGUAGAAAAAAUCUUGCUCUAUUAAUGACACCUAUUGAUUUCGAGAUUUUACGAGCUACUUGAGAAAUGUGCGGUUUCCAAGACAGAUGUUCAUCAAGGACUACACCGAGGAAGACCGUUUCCUUAACCUGUUCGAUUCUCUGUUCGUUUAUGCAUACUUGCAUUGGAAAAUGAUACCUUUUCUGUCUAGGCUUAAAUAACAUAAAGUUUGUUUUCUUUAGGUUUAAGGAGAGUUUGUUUGCCUUAAACCAAGUGGAUAAUUUAUUAAGUUCGGAAUUGAGUGAGGCUGCCAGGUAGAAAGGAUCUUUAUGGGACAUAAAUAAAUUAGUAUCAUCAGCGAAUAAAAUCAGCUCGACGAGCGUCGAUACAUUAUUUAAAUCAUUAAUAUAGAGCAAGAAAAACAAGGGGCCCAAAAUAGAUCCCUGGGGGACACCACAGAAGAUAGUUUGAGGAGAGGAGCUUUGACCGUUAAAUUGAACGAAUUGCAACCUGUUGGAGAGGUAGCUUCUAACCCAGUCUAGAGCCACGCCACGUAUACCAUAGUGUUCGAGUUUGUCAAGCAGAAUAUUAUGAUCGACGGUAUCAAAGGCCUUAGAAAGAUCAAGGAAAACGCCAACGGCAUGUUCAUUGCGAUCAAGAGCAAGGGAGAUUUUUUCAUAUAGGUCAAUCAAUGCUAACGAAGUUGAAUGAUUUUUCCUGAAGCCAAAUUGAUUAUCACAUAGAAUUUCUAGUUUACAUAAAUAAUUAUAAAGACGGUUAUAAACAACCUUUUCAAGAAACUUAGAAAAGCUAGGGAGAAUCGAGAUCGGUCUAUAGUUCGUAAAGAGUGAUCGAACACCGGCUUUAAAGAGUGGUAUCACGCGAGCAAUUUUCAUAUGGUCGGGAACAAUGCCAUGAGAGAUAGAUAAAUUGAUUAUAUGAGCUAAAGGAACGGCUAUAAUUUGAAUUGACUUUUUUAUGAUGGAAAUGGGAAUUCUAUCAUGGCCAGCUGCCUUACCUGGUCGAAAAGCAUUGGAAACUUCCAAUAGCUCAUUUGGAGUCACUGGAUCAAAAAACACCGAUUGACAAAAGUGACCAGAGAGAAAACUGCGGUGAGAGACAGACGAGUGAAUUUCUUUGGCUAGAUUAGGUCCGAUAUUAGAAAAAUAACUACAGAAUCUAUUAGCGAUGUUUACUGGGUCCGUAAUUUCUUGGUUGUCAACUUUAAAGAUGGAAUUGAUUUUAAACGCAUUCUUUUUUGUCUUAAUAAUUUCGUUUAGAACUCUCGAUGUAGCUUUGGCAUUUGAUUUAGAAGCAUCGAUUUUCUUUUCGUAAUAUAUACGUUUAGCGAUUCUUAAUGAGUGAUUCAAUUUGUUUUUGUAAUUUUUAUAACGAAUUUCAUAAUGCAAAGAUUGAUUAGUGAGAUACUGUCUAUAUAACUUAUUUUUCGUUCUUAUCGACUUCAGAAGUCCUUUCGAUAACCAAGGCUUUCUCAAACGGUAAUUGCUCGCCUUAGUUUUUUUUAAAGGAAAACAUGAGUCAUAUGCCGUAGAGUAUUGUUUGAAAAAGCUGUUAUAGGCGUUAUUUGGAUCAUCAAGAGUGGCACACUGAGACCAGUCAAUUCUCUCCUAGUGCGAUAGAAACUUAGUUGCGUUGACUUGAUUUACAUCUCGAACAAAAACAGUUUCAUUAGAUGCUGAGAUUGAGGUGUCGAAAUGAAUAGAACAUAUAGGCAGAUGGUCAGAAAUAUCAGUGAAAAACAGUCCACUCCUGGAUCUAUCGAAAAAUUGGUUGACGAAAAUGUUGUCAAUUAAAGUUGCCGAAUGACAAGUUAUUCUUGUAGGGCGCGUAAUCAAUGGAAAGAACAUAUUUGAAUAUAGCGCAUCUAAAAAUUCACCAGUAACGGAAUGACAUUGGUGGUUCAUUAGAUUUAAGUUAAAGUCACCCAUCAGAAAAUUGUAGGGGAUUUACUAGGUAAGCUUCGAAAAUUGUACGUUAUUGGAACGGUCAUCUAGAUAUUUUUAGUCGUCUUCAAGUUAUAGAAAUGUCCAGACAAUUUUUGCUUCUCCAAACAGUCGCUGGGUGUCCUAAGACAAGACAAGACAAGAAUAAACAAGAGAAUUGAUGACAACGUAGAGUUACCGAAAGCUAGUGCCGUAGUAACCUUCUUUCGUUUAUAGGGUCUAAUAACAGUUGUAAAGAUAGGGAAUCAACUCGCACAGAAACUUUUUGUUCAAGUGUCUCUACUUUUACGGACAACAGUUUUCGUGUACAAUCAACUACUCUCAAGACCGACAUCAGUCAGUGGUGGAUCCAGGGGAAGGGCCUCCCUUACUUUUAGACCAAACUGAGGUCCGAAGGGCAGAAAAAAAAAAUUGUUGAGUCCGGGCUCCUCCAUUAUCUUAGGGUAUGGAUGACCGCCCCCCUCUCUUAUUUGAAGGUCUCAUCCGCCACUGCACUUACAUACAAACAGUAUCAAAAAUUACGUGUAUUGUCUUUGAUAACAGCUACCUUUGUGUUGAUGACAUCUGCCUCAGUGUUAUCAUCAGAUCAUACAAACAGCAAGUCGAGGGGUCUGUUGGAUGCAGCAGUG